UCCAAAAACUAUCAGAUCAUGUUUGAAGAUCUACAAUCUCCCACUUCAGUUUUCCUGCUGGGAGUAAUUGUUGCUCUGCUCGUCCUCCACCUUCUUCAGUCCAACAUUUUCAUCCAAAAAAGACGUGAACCUCCAGGACCCAGACGUUUACCUCUGUUUGGUAACCUGUUUCAGGUGGACCUGAAGUGGCUUGACAAAAGUCUUUUUGAAGUGUCCAAACAAUAUGGACCAGUUUUCCAAGUCUACUUUGGACCAAAGAAGGUGGUGGUUCUUGCUGGUUACAGAACCGUCAAACAGGCUCUGGUGAACAAAGCUGGUGAAUUUGGAACCAGAGAAAUUGCUCCAAUAUUUCAUGAUUUACACAAGAGAAAUGGUGUUGCGUUUUCCAAUGGAGACGCUUGGAAAGAAACGAGACGUUUUGUUCUGACAACACUGAGAGAUUUUGGAAUGGGCAAGAAGAUGAGUGAAGAGAUAAUUAUUAAGGAAUGUUGUUAUCUAAUUGAAGAAUUUGAGCAAUUUCAAGAUAAUGCGUUUAGUAACACCAAGCUUCUGAAUUAUGCUGCUUCAAAUGUUAUAUCAGCUCUGAUGUUUGGAAAGAGAUUUGAUUACAAAGAUCCAGUUUUCCAAGCUAUGGUGGAGAGAGACAACAAGAUUGUCCAUCUGGCAGGAACAGCUUCAAUUUGGAUUUACAACAUUUUUCCUUGGCUUGGCCCUUUCUUAAAAAACUGGAGGGAUUUAAUGAAGAUUAUAGAAGAUGGUAAGAUGAACACAAGGAAGAUAAUAGCCGGUCUGAAGGAAACUCUGAAUCCUGACGCGUGCAGAUGCUUCGUUGAUGCAUUUCUGAUCCAUAAGAAACAUCUGGAGGAUUCUGGAAUAACAAACCUGCACUACCAUGAUGAUAACCUGCUGUACACUGUGAUGAACUUGUUUGAAGCUGGAACUGAUACCACAGCAACCACAGUGAAGUGGGGUCUCCUUUACAUGGCUAAGUUUCCACAUAUCCAAGAUCAUGUUCAGGAGGAGCUGAGCAGGGUGGUUGGAAGCCGGCAAGUUCGAAUAGAGGACAGAAAGAACUUGCCGUUCACUGAUGCAGUGGUCCACGAGACACAGAGGUUUGCAAACAUCUUCCCCCUUGCUGUUCCUCAUGUAACAAGCCAAGAUGUCACCUUACAAGGCUACUUUAUUAAGGAGGUCUGCAGCUCACAUCAGUUACUUCUUUCACUAUCCUUAGCCAUAUCUGAAGAUAGAAACUUGCUCUGCAUCUACUUUUUUUUUUUCAAUCAACAGGGAUCUACAGUUUUUCCUCUUCUCACUUCUGUCUUGUAUGAUGAGAGUGAAUGGGAGAGCCCUCACAGUUUCAACCCUUCUCAUUUCUUGGAUAAGGAGGGCAGAUUCAUCAGGAGAGGUGCCUUCAUGCCCUUUUCAGCAGGUCGCAGAGCCUGCCUUGGAGAGAGUCUUGCUAGAAUGGAGCUCUUCCUCUUCUUCACUUCUCUUCUUCAGCAUUUUCGUUUCACUGCUUCACCUGGAGCUUCAGAAGAUGACGUGGAUUUAACACCAGUUGUCGGCUUUAGCCUCUGUCCUCGACCUCAGAAGCUGUGCGCCAUCCGACGCAAGUGAACAAGAAAGCAGCAACAACUUCAUUUUCUGUUUUGUGGCAUUAUGGGAAAUUUUAAAGGUGGACUGUCAAAAUUCA